GAGGAAGAGGGGGAGGAGGAGGGGUGGGGGAGGGAAAGCGGGGGAAACAGUGGGAGAUCACCGUUUCUUUUUUUUUCCCCCCCUCCAGCUCAGCAGGACGGAAGGCGACACAGUGAGAAGAGCGCACUCUUCCUCUUCCUCUCCUUCAUUCUGUUGGAUUCAUCCACUCUGCCAGAAGAAGUUCUAUUGAUUCCUGCUUCGAUUUGAGAGUUGUGCUGCUGGUGCUGAUUUGGUCCUGGAAACCCCUGUCCUGUCCUGCCCUGGCCCUGCUCAGCUCAGCCUGCUGUGUCCCGGGUCACUGACAGGAUGGCGGGGUGUGCAAAGCGCUGCAAGCAAGGACUGGUCAAGUUUGCCUUAUCCCUCCACAAACUGGUCACUGGGACACUUAUUAAAGAUAAAGCCGACGAUGACUUGGAGAUGACUAUGGUCUGCCAUCGACCAGAAGGCCUCGACCAGUUAGAAGCUCAAACUAACUUCAGCAAAAGAGAGCUGCAAGUGCUUUACAGAGGCUUCAAGAACGAGUGUCCAAGCGGCGUUGUGAAUGAGGAAACAUUUAAACAAAUUUACUCCCAGUUCUUUCCACAUGGAGAUGCCAGUACAUAUGCACACUACCUGUUCAAUGCAUUUGACACAGGGCAUUCGGGAUCCAUAAAGUUUGAGGACUUUGUAACUGCUCUGUCCAUCCUGCUGAGGGGCACUGUCACUGAGAAACUCCAGUGGACGUUUAAUCUCUAUGAUAUCAACAGAGAUGGUUAUAUCAACAAAGAGGAGAUGACAGACAUCGUCAGAGCGAUAUAUGACAUGAUGGGGAAGUACACAUACCCUGUGUUAAAACAUGACGCACCCAAACAGCAUGUUGAUGCCUUUUUUCAGAAAAUGGACAAAAACAGAGAUGGCGUGGUCACUCUUGAUGAAUUCAUCCUUUCUUGUCAAGAGGAUGAAAACAUCAUGAGGUCUCUACAGCUCUUUGAAAAUGUCAUCUAGACGACAGCGAAGAGGGUGGAUAAAGAAAGACAGAAGAGGAAAAACAAAGGAUGAAGAGAAGGAUGAGAAGAAGAAGUGAACAGAAACCUACAGGAGAAAAAAGAAACGCAUUUAGAAAGUGGCAGAAAAUAAAGAGCUGUCACGUUGGGAGUGACAGGUUAUUAAAAACUGUACGGAGAAGGUCUUAAUGUAACAAAUCCACGGUGACAAACCGGGAUAAGUCCUUAAGACUCAACCCUUUACCUUCAUUUGGGCUCUAUGUGACCAUUUACCUCUGCUACUACGUGUCUCCACAUCCCACUCUUGUUACUGGUGUUGCAGUUACAGUCAUCUUGGACGGUGUGUAUUUUAUGGCAUACUGUAAAUACUAAACCUUACAUAUUAUUUGGCCCAAAUUUUACAAGGAUCUCACAAUAAAAAUUAACCAAAUUGGAAGAACUGGAAUUUGUAAAAGCAUAGUACCAUCAAUGAAAUGCAUUUGAACUAAAUGAAAGCAUGAUGAGUUCUGUUUUCAUCAUGAAAUUCUCCGUCAAUGUGGCAAAAAGAGCAAUAUUGUUAAGCAUGCACAGCAGAAACGAUACAUUCAGUGUGUAGUGUGGUCCAUAAAAACUUGGUGGCAAUAUACUAAACUUACAGCAGAGCUCCAUUUUCCAUAUCAGGACUGGGCUGACACACAGAUCCACAGAACCUCGGUCAAACACAGACCUGUAGGGGUUUGCAAAGCUGAUUUCCUGCCAGUCUUACGUCUUGUGACAGCUUACAACAGUCUCUAAACGUCCUCUUAAAUCCUACUGUGUGUGUUUCCGUGGUGUCAGUCAGUGUUUCAGUGUUUCCGCGACUCAAAUGUAAAUAUUUAACUGUUGUAUUUGUGGCUUAAACAUACUGUCUGCAAUCACUUGUGUCUGCCUGUGUGUUUCUGACUCUAACUGUCUGUCUGUCUUUCUGUCAAAUUGGAUAUAUCUGUAAUUAUUCUACCAGAUACUCAUUGUACACUUGGUCUGACUUAAGGUUAACUGACAUAUAGAUGAAGAGGGAUGUGCAUGUGUAUGUGUGUGUGGCGUCCCGAUGUAAAAUUUCUGUUUGCCUGAAUAUAUUUAUCAUUUAUUCAAGCAUGUAGCUUCAUCUUGUGGUCGUAAAAGCCCAGACAGCCCGGUCCAGCUGAUCUGACCGUGUUUUUUUUUUUUUUUUUUUUGGCUAGAGAGGAGAGUUUUGUCUUUAACUCUGUCUGUUAAAAACACUGACUCAGAAUGACCAACAUUUCACUGUGAGGGAGAAAUUAGAAGAGAGGAGUCGGGUAGAGGCCCAGUGAAGAAGGAACAGAAAGGAAGACAAAUAACACGGCGGAAAAUGAGAGUAAAGACCUUUUCACUGAUUUUGAAGGAAUGGAAGCCAUCUUUCAAACAAGAGCCAUCACUUUGAAGAUUGAACGAGACAAAAAUAAAGAUUUAUAAAUGAUUUACUGUCAUGCCCACUCACUGUGCUAUCAAUAAUAUAAUAAAAUUCCUCAGUGAGAUGUGUCACAGCUCAUCUCAAACGUACCCAGACAUACAUUCAAACGAACUGACAGACAGUAAGACAAACAGAUAGACAGGCAUACAGACAGACAGAUCAAAACUGUCAGAAUGAAAUAAUGUGUGUAUUGAAAUAUUGUAUAAAACCAUUAUAUUUAUCAAUAAACUUUUCAAGAAACAAAA